AUGCAUUUCUUGUCCGCUCUUUCCAUUUUCACCUUCUCUACGGUUGUCGUCGCAGACGGUGGUUACUCCGGUAGCUGCAAGGACCCUAUGACUAUGUUCUCCGGGGAACCCAUUCUUGACAUCGAAUGUGCCGGCAAGGAUGAUGACGGAAAUUCUUUCUACGAACGAACCACCCUUGAUUUGAGCGAUUGCUACGCUGUCAUUGAUGAUGGUUCUAUUGUCCCCCGCAAGAACGGUGGCAUGUCAGGCCGAUGCGAGAUGUGCUCCGCUAGCUGGGAUGGCACAUUGUCCUGUUUCUGUCAGGACGGCUCGGGAGAACGACACCUGGUGGAUGUGGACUUGAACGGCGCCAUUCGCAAUGUCAAUGGACAUCUGCACUGUGAUGUUGAGGAUGGAGGCGUGGACUCCGAGUGUGUCGGUGGAUGGUCCGGAGAUAUCCAAUGCGAUGAUCUCUAA